AUGGCUGAUUCUAACAAUUUCACACUAGUAACCCCUACAAUUCCCACCUCAUCUACUGAUCCUCCCAUUCCUCUUAUUGCUCUUACUAGUGGUCAACUUCCACUCAAACUUACUCAUCUAAAUUAUCCUUCAUGGCGUGCUCAGUUUAAUUCCCUUUUCUUUGACUAUGAUCUACAAAGUUUUAUUGAUGGAAGUCAUCCUUGCCCUAAUCGCACCUCUACCACCUUCUCUCAAUGGAUGCGCCAAUAUCAACUUUUGCUACAUGCUAUCCGUAUUUAUGUCUCUUACUCCAUUACUCCUCUUAUUGCAUCUGCUACAGCCUUCAAAGAUGAUCCUAACAGGGACAAGCUUACUCGUCUUUAUGCCAGCCGCUCUCGGUCAUGUGUCAUGAGUCUUAAUGAACGUCUAUUUCGUCCUCAUGAUUCAUGCUCUCUCAAUAAAUAUCUCUGUUCUAUUAAAACCAUUGUCGACGAACUGACACUCAUUGAUACUCUUGUUUCUGAUGAUGAUAUCACCAUUGCCAUUCUUAAUGGUGUUGGUCAUGACUUCAAAGAACUUACAGCAGGUAUUCAUGCUCGGGAACACCCCAUCUCUUAUGAAGAACUUCAUGAUAAAUUAAUUGAUUACGAGGCUUAUCUAAAAUGUGAGGAUUUACGUUCAACUUCAUCAGUUUUGUUUGCCAAUACUACUCAGCGACAUAAUUCGCAUCGUGGGCAUGGUCAUCCAAUCGUAAAGCUAGGUGUUUGCCAAUUUUGUGACCAACAAGGUCACAGUGCAAAGCAAUGUCCACAAGCAAAAGGUCUCCUUGGUUCCUCACCUGCUGCUCACCGAAUCACCACAAACAAUGCCCCCAAACAACCUUGGCUCCUGGAUUCUGCUGCCACAAAUCAUGUCACCUCUAAGCUUCACAACCUUUCCCUUCACUCAACCUAUGAUGGUCCUGAUUCUAUACUCAUUGGUGAUGGUACAAGUUUGCGUAUCUCUCAUUCUGGUUCCACUACAUUUUCUCCUUUCACUCUCUCUAAUGACCUACACAUGGGGCAGACUCUUCUUCAAGGCCCGAAUAAGAAUGAUAUUUAUGAAUGGCCUUCAAUUAUGCAUAUGCAACCAUCUGCUAUGUUCCAAACUAUUCCAAACUUCGUGCUUUUGGGUGUUUAUGUUUUCCCUGGUUACGUCCAUACAACAAACACAAGCUUGAACCUUGUUCGUGUCCCUAUAUUUUCUUAG